AUGAGCAGCAGAUCAAGGUACAGUACGCCGUAUAGCCGUUAUCGUUCCAGAAGCAGGUCACAUGAUAGGCACUAUCGUGAACGCAGGAAUUAUAGGGAAAGAAGGGAUAUUGAUGAUGUUAAAAGAAGGUAUCAUUCAAGAUCACGUAGCCCCUCAUAUAACAGAAUUGAUUCACGCGAUAAAUUAGCUAAUAAAAGAAAUUACAACAGAGAUGUCAAACGUCCUCACAGAAAUGAAAAAUGCUCACCACAUAGACGCCAUUUUAGAUCAAAACCACUAGAUAAUGAAAAAUGCUUACAACGUAGUCAACAUUCCAAAUUAAAAAAUAUCGAUGAUAAGCCUUCUACGAGUACAUCAAGCAAGCCAUUGAAUACAAAAUGUAGUGAGCAAAAUAAAAAGAAAAGUGAAACUGUUAAAAUUACGCCUGAUUGCAAGGAAGAACAGAAACCAAAAUUAGUUGUUCAGUCAGUGUUUAAAAAUGACGGUAGUUUCCUAGAUAUGUUCAAACAAAUGCAAAAACAAUAUACAACAAAUGCAGCAGACACACAAAAGGAUUUACCAGUUCCUAUAGGAAGAAGAAGGCGCGGUGUGAGGGCUUUGAAAACUGGUAGAGUUGAAAAAGCAAAAGUGCAAGAAAUCAAUGAAGAUAAAAAAUCGAAAGAACCUUGGGACAUAUAUAUAAGUGAGGUGAAGAAGUAUCGUCAAAAAACAUGUCAAGAAGACGCACCAUCUCGUUCCUAUGUGAAAUAA